CGCGGGGAGAAGAUGGCGUCCGCCACUCGUUUCAUCCAGCGGCUGCGGAACUUGGCAUCCGGGCAAGAUCUGCAGGCGAAGCUGCAGCUGCGAUACCAGGAGAUCGCCAAGCGAACCCAGCCUCCUCCCAAGCUCCCCGUGGGCCCCAGCCACAAGCUCUCCAACAAUUACUACUGCACUCGUGAUGGCCGCCGGGAAGCUGGACCUCCCUCGGUCAUCAUGUCCUCCCAGAAGGCGCUGGUGUCAGGCAAGGCAGCAGAGAGCUCGGUAGCAGCCACUGAGAAGAAGGCAGUGACCCCAGCUCCUCCAGUGAAGCCGUGGGAACUGUCCCAGGACCAGCCCUACCUCUGA